AUGCACAGAUCCCCACGGAUCUCAGCAGCUGCGGCCCUCGCAGGGCGGCAGUUGGGUGUCGUUCCACCCACUACUCCCUUGCGGCAAAAACCAUUUUACGCGUCUCCGUCGCGUCUCUCGCAACGCGGUGGGCAGCAGCAAUUCUUCCCCCACUACCACCACCGCCAGACUUGCUCAUCGUCACCAACACCAACCCGUCUUGCCAUUGACAUUUCCGGAGCGCAAAGCUGCCUUGUUCUCCUCCCCUUCACCUCGUUCCACCGCGCAAUGAGCACCGUCCCCUCUGCCACCUCGCCCCCGACCUCGCCGCCCGCCAAGCGCCACAAGCCAUCCAACUCGAUUGCCGAGGCCGUCGCUACCACCACCACCACCGACAGCACUGACAACACCACUACAAGUAAUACAAUGGCCGACACGACAACAACAAGCAGCAACGGCACCACUGCCGCCACCGCCACCACCCUCGACCAAGCCCCUCCACUGCUGAUCAAGAAGCUUUCGGAAACGGCCAAGCUGCCCCUCCGCGGCAACGAGUUUGCUGCGGGCUACGAUAUCUACGCCUCCCAGGAUACGGUCAUUCCCAAGCGAGGCAAGGGCCUUGUUGAGACUGAUCUCUCCAUUGCCGUGCCGGCUGGUACCUACGGCCGCAUUGCCCCCCGCUCCGGCCUCGCCGUCAAGAACUUUAUCGACACGGGCGCCGGCGUCAUUGACGCCGACUACCGGGGCCCGGUCAAGGUGCUGCUGUUCAACCACAGCGACGAGGACUUUGAGGUCAAGGUGGGCCACCGCAUUGCCCAGCUCAUUAUCGAGCGCAUCUAUCAUCCCGAGAUUCUCGAGGUGCAAGAGCUCUCGGAAACCGUCCGUGGUGCAGGCGGUUUUGGCAGCACCGGUAUGUUUUAG